AUGCAGUUAGGCAAUGAAUUCGGUGUCAAUGAAAUUCACGGUUCGCAGAUUUUGGGUGUUGCUGUCAAUAAGGAAGUGCACGCUCUGUAUCUCCCAGCACUGGAAAUUUUCGAGAAGAGAGCGGCGCAAAGGUAUAAGUUAUCAUGGCCUGAUUUGUUGUACACAUUUAUGCAGUCGGUCUUGUUGCAGUGCGGUCGUAUGAAAUGGUUAGACUUUGGAUUCCACCCUCCGCUGUAUGAGACAACAAGUAAGUACGAAUACAUGUUUGUUAUCGCUAUCUCAUCCACUACUUUGGCAUUUAUGGCGCUGAUGAUCAAUGCCUGCACUUACGGAUAUAUUAUUUUGAAAGUCAGAAAUUGUCCUGUUGCUCAUUUCUUCUUGAAUUUUUUCAACGAAAACAAAAUCAAUGCUAGCAAUAAAUGUCUAAGUCAGAUUCAUUUUUGGUAUGGAUUUUCGCUACCUUUGCAGGUGCAUCGACGCUUUCUUUCAUACAGAGAAAAAACGAAACUUGCAGAGCAGUCGCUAUCACAACGUCGUUUUGCAGAUGAUUUAAUGGGUAAAAUGAGCAAAGCUGCAAAUUUCGAUUUUGCAUCUAAUCAACGAGAAAUUAAUACUUUAACUUAUGUUAAGGAUUCAUAA